GUUUCAAUCUUUCUUGAAAAUAAACAAGACCCGCAUCUUGUUUUUACUUGAUUUUCUUGUAGUACACCUUUUACAGAAAGAAAUAUAUACAUAUACAUACGUAUAGGUAGUAUGCAGUCAUCAUCAUCUUCUCCAUCUGUAGAAAACAAUAAUGCAUUUAAGUUUUUGUCUAAAUUAAGUAACUUUGCAUUCGAUUCGAAUUCGAGUAGGUUGAGUUUAGACGGGUAUUCGUCGAUUUUAUCUAAUAUUGUUUAUAGUGAUAGAAAAGUUGUUGAUUUUUGGGCUGGUAGGAGAAAUAAGUCAUCAAAGAUUGUUGGGUCUUUGAGUUCAGGAAGUAGAAGUGGUUCAAGUGCUAAUAAGUUUUUCAAUGAGUUUAAUAAGUUUGUUAGGUUUCAUUGUGACAAAAUUCCACUUGGUUUUGCUUCUGUUAAGACUAAUUCAGGGAGUGGUAGUGGUUUAGGUGAAGAAAAUGGUGGUGUUUUGGAGGAUGGAACAUUACCUUUAAGUGGUUUUGAGUCUAAUGGUAAGAAAAAAGUGCUCAUUUUGAUGAGUGAUACAGGUGGUGGUCACCGUGCUUCUGCUGAAGCGAUUAAGUGGGCGUUUAAUGAGAAAUUUGGUGAUGAAUAUGAGGUGUUUGUGACUGAUUUAUGGACUGAUCAUACUCCAUGGCCGUUUAAUCAAUUGCCAAGAAGUUAUAAUUUUUUAGUUAAACAUGGAUCUUUAUGGAGAAUGACGUAUUAUGCUACUGCUCCUCGUGUGGUGCAUCAAUCAAAUUUUGCUGCCACCUCCACAUUUAUAGCCCGAGAGGUUGCAAAAGGUCUAAUGAAGUAUCGGCCGGAUAUCAUCAUAAGUGUACAUCCUCUAAUGCAACAUGUACCACUUCGUAUCUUGAGGUCAAAAGGUCUUUUAAACAAGAUUGUGUUUACUACAGUUGUUACGGAUUUAAGCACUUGCCAUCCUACAUGGUUUCAUAAGCUUGUUACAAGAUGCUACUGCCCUACAGAAGAGGUGGCAAAACGGGCCCUAAAAGCUGGACUCCAGUCUUCUCAGAUAAAAGUUUAUGGCCUGCCUGUUCGACCUUCUUUUGUUAAGCCUGUGAGGCCCAAGGAUGAAUUGAGAAAGGAGCUUGGUAUGGAUGAAGAUCUCCCUGCUGUAUUACUGAUGGGUGGUGGCGAGGGGAUGGGUCCCAUUGAAGCCACGGCUAAGGCACUGGGGAAAGCAUUAUAUGAUGAAAAUCUUGGUGAGCCAAUUGGUCAGGUACUUGUAAUUUGUGGUCGCAACAAAAAACUCGCCAACAAAUUGCUUUCAGCUGAGUGGAAGGUUCCUAUCCAGGUCAAGGGGUUUGUAACUAAUAUGGAAGAGUACAUGGGCGCUUGUGAUUGUAUCAUCACCAAGGCUGGUCCGGGAACCAUUGCAGAAGCUAUGAUCCGUGGACUCCCCAUAAUUCUGAAUGAUUACAUUGCUGGGCAGGAAGUUGGGAAUGUACCAUAUGUGGUGGAAAAUGGAUGUGGAAAAUUUUCAAAGUCGCCAAAAGAGAUCGCUCAUAUUGUUGGUCAAUGGUUUGGCCCAAAAGCACACGAGCUUAAUGCUAUGUCACAAAAUGCAUUGAGGCUGGCAAGGCCUGAUUCAGUUUUCAAAAUCGUUCAAGAUCUUCACGAGCUUGUUAAACAGAGAAGUUUAAUGAUGCAAUACUCACCUGCAACAUAAGAAUUUGGCUAGACAUCCACAAAAUUACUUAGUUGAGAUUGACUAAAAGCUUCUUGCGUAACCAAAACAAUUUUGACUUCUCUUGCAGCAAGUUAUAAUUAGAGGCUCUCCCACAAAGCAUAUAUGCAGAUAUUGCACUAAAUGUGUGCAAAAAACAUAAAUGCAUGUUAAAAACAUAUUAUUCACAAUUCGAGCUGUAGGGUUAUAUCAUGCGGGUGAUGCUGUUAAACAUUUGUAAACAUUGUUCAUGGUAUAUAUCUGUUGUUUAAUUA